AUGGUUUCUGCCGGCCGUUUUCCAAGUGAUUCUGGAUUGACGUACACUCAGAAUAUACUGGUCGGGGUUUACGUUUUGGUAAUAGCGCUUGGUGGUAUACUGGAAAACAGUAUCGUGGUGAUAGUUUACAGAAAGACAAGACGUUUGCAAAACUCUACAAACCUUCUUCUCGUUUCAACAUCCGUGUGCAAUCUAUUGGAAGCCACCAUAUCCUUCCCUCUCUUGGCUGUUUCAAGCUUUGCUGAAAGAUGGAUCUUCGGGGAGAUUGCCUGCCAACUUUAUGGUUUUGUGAUAUUUUCUCUAGGCCUGGCGGGUAUCUUUCAUCUCGUUCUUGUCGCCUUAGACCGAUACGUCGUGAUAUGCUCCAAAAAGACCGUCAGCAAGAGUUUGGCCGUCAAGGGCUAUCUGCUCUCCAGUUCUGAGAAACAUAUCUGCUUUCCGCUUGGAAUUAUUUCCUCUCAAGAGAAUGGCAUGGCACCGUGCGGCUUUAUCUCUUUAAAACACGAUUAG